CAAAAAAUUGAACACACCAGCAGUGUGAGGAGACCUGAAAGUGGCACAUGGCAUGGCAGAGUGUGGGCGAUGGAGACAGCAGCAAUGGGAGGCCGUACAGGGGGACCCAUGAGACACUGUGGACCUGGCAGCAGCAUGAGGAGGCGGUACAGGGGCCCAUGGCAGAUUAGGGGCCUGGCAGCAGCAAUGGGAGGCCCGUAAUCUGCCAGCACCCUAUGACAAAAAAUGGAACACACCAGCAGUGUGUGAGGAGACCUGAAAGUGGCACAUGGCAGAGUGUGGCGAUGGAGACAGCAGCAAUGGGAGGCCGUACAGGGACCCAUGAGAGACUCUGGACCUGGCAGCAGCAUGA